CGAUCUGAUAUGGAUUGGGCUUCAUUGGAUCCAAUAUAGAAAAUUAACCGGUGACCGGGAAAGCAGCCUUCACCGGCACCGAUCACCAAAUAAACGUUUAAAUAAAAAGUUAAAACCCUACCAAAAUCCCCGAGAAAAUUUUCGAUUGCGGAAGCGGUGAUGUUGGUGGACGCCAGCCUCCUCCGCCUCUUGCGUUCGAAAUUAUCCACCGCGCGACGUGUCGCUGGACUUUCUGUAUCAGUCUUCCACGCUCACCCGGCUGAGUACAGUACCACUACCACCGACUCAUUCCGCCGGCGGAAAAUUGAAGGUUCAAAUGGUAAUAAGGAAAGUGGAGGCAAAUGGUUCACGCUACCCCCGUUUACUAAACACGUCAAUGGCGCCGCAAUUGGAAGACAACUCGCCGCCAACGCUUCUGGAGGAGCCAAAGCCGGUACUGAGACCACCGCGCUUAAGUGGGUCCUGCGGUGCUGCCCGGAGUUGCCCAGAAGUCUAGUGCACAAGCUAUUUCGUUUAAGACAGGUUCGAAGAGAAUCUUGCACUGUGGAGAGUAGCCAACUUAAAAGGGUGUCAGCAAAGGACUUGUUGAACAUUGGAGAUAGAAUCUUUCUUCCUAUUAGCGUCCAGGAUUCGCAUGCUCAGAAUCAGGAGCUGCAUGAGAAACAAGAAGGGCAUUGCACAGAAGAAGAAGUGAACUUUAUCCGUAGCCUGGAACUCUAUAAGGAUUCUGCAGUCAUUGUUAUCAAUAAACCUCCAGGUAUGCCAGUUCAGGGCGGCAUUGGCAUUAAAAGAAGUUUAGAUGAACUGGCAGCAACUUGUCUAAGAUAUGAUCACUCAGAACCUCCCCGACUGGUGCACAGGCUUGACAGAGAUAGUAGUGGCAUAUUGGUUAUGGGAAGAACACAAACAAGUGCAAUAGUCUUGCAUUCCAUCUUCCGUGAGAAAACAUCCAGUGCAUCAAAAGAUGACAUUGACAGAAAUGAAAGGAUCUUGCAAAAACGGUAUUGGGCACUUGUUAUUGGGUCUCCCCAACGCCCUAAGGGGUUUAUUUCAGCAUCACUAGGGAAGGUGGUGGUAGAUGAUGGAAAAUCUGAAAGAAUAACUGUCAUUGACAAGACCCAAACUAUACCAUCUCAGCAUGCAAUAACAGAAUAUCAAGUCAUUAAAUCAACCUCUCAUGGUCACACAUGGUUAGAGCUGUCUCCUCUCACUGGUAGGAAGCACCAGACUGUAUCUAACAAGAUGCUGGUACCACAGCUUCGUGUACACUGUGCAGAGGUACUAGGAACUCCCAUUGUUGGGGACUACAAAUAUGGAUGGCAAGCUCAUAGAAAGUGGCAACAUUUCCCAUUGUCUAAUAUUGACGAGGACCCAAAUGAGAAUUCAGCAAAGGAAAACUCACGUCCAUUUGGCCUCAAUUUGGAGAGUGGAAGUAUCUGUGAGAAACAUCCCAGGCUACAUCUUCAUUGUAAGAAAAUGAUUCUGCCUAACGUAUCAAAGGCUUUGCAGAGUCUGCAAUCUUCAGACUAUGAUCUUUCAAAAAUGGAAAGUCUAGAAUUGGCUGCUCCUUUGCCUGCAUUCAUGCAAAAAAGUUGGGAUAUCUUGAAUUCUUGAGAUCAUUUUUUAUUCUGAUUAAUUAUUUGAGGUAAAAUGAGAAGAAUCAUAGGGAGGCAAUGACAGAAACUGAUCAACAUGGUUACUUGAUUGGAUGUCUAUUAUCCUUUUGACCUAUCUCCUACCUCUCUUCUCACUAGCCCCUGGAUGCUUGCCUAAAGAACUCAGUCAGGAAUACAACAGAAAGCCAGGUGAAGGGCCAACAGAUUGCCCUAUUAUGGUGCUGGUUGCAGCCUAAGAUAUUGUUUUUCUACUAGGCUGUUCUUCCGAUAGCUUUAAUAGGCAAGGUUAGAUGCCAAAAUCUUGGGGGUUCAACUUCUGUUGCAUUUUUCACUAUUGACCAUGUGAAAACUAUACUCUAAAUUGUGAAGAUUCUGACCCAUGGAGGUUGUUGUCUUCUUGAUUGCCUUUACCACCAUAUGAAGAGAUUGUGAAGUCAGCCUCAGGUCAGUUUUAUUCUAUACUUUGUUUUUGAUAAUCAAAUUAGAUUGCUGGAAUGUGGAGAAGGGAACAGAACAGCAAGGUCACGGCUUGUGAAUUUGUUCACUUUCUAUUGAGGGUGCUUGUCAUCAAAGGAAAAUUCCUUUUACAUAUAACUGAGUCCCCACCCUCUAAACUGUGUUAAUAUUGAGAUUAUGUUUU